AUGGCAUCAUUCCUCAUCGGAGACUGUCUUGCUGGAGCCGCACUCCUAUCUUCAUUCAUUAUCACUAUCUUGAACGGCCUGACCUACAGUCAGCUCCAGUCAUUGGACUCUCAUACAUCAACAGCAGGACUGGCGGCACUUCUGCUCAGUAUCCUGACAUGCGUUAUCUUGCUGACACUGGGCCUCCUUCUCCAACGAGUGACUCGUUGUGAAGCACAUUACAGUAACACGUGGAAGAUUACAAUCAUCACUCUCGCGGGGUUGUACCUAUCCAUCAGCUCCAUUUGCAUGGCUGGCAUGAUUACCUCCGAUAAUCUCCUUUACUCGCCCAGGGAUACUCACAUCUUCAUUGCCCGAUCUAUUUGCUGGACCAUCUCUGUACUCGCCCAAGGCAUGUACUUUAGUUCCAUGCUUAUUGCACUAGUACAGCGCAAGUCAUUCCUUGAGCAGGAAUGGCCACGAUCGGAGCUCCAAGAGCUCAAGACACUCCCUGAAACCCCAUGGUCCGCCGGUGCCUGCUCACCGUCUCCCACGCUGUGCGACGAGUCGUAUGCUGAGUUUCCACGGUUCGACACUAGACGCUCAUCUCUGCGAAAAUACCCACGUCAAUCCAGCCGGCUCUCUGGAGGCACAGUCUGCACGGAAGAGAACGGUCUACCUUCUAAGUAUGAGCCCUUUGAUAUCGGCUCGUCCGCAGUGCCGUCACGGGCGACUUCCCCGACAAUGGAGCACACACCAGCUCACACAUCGCCGCUAUCCCCAGCAGCAGCAGCAGCAGCACCAUCCUCAGCAUCGACGUCCAACUCGUUCGUCGACAGCAAUGCUCGUCCGCCGUCUUCCAUUCUCCCAGCCCGCAACUCUAGCCUUCGAAGCUCAUCGAGUCUGCGUCGCAAGAUCAACAUCAAGGCUCCACCCAACAUUCACCUCUCCCUGGACGCACUCGUCCACCAGUCAUCAUCCACUUCAUCUACCGUCACAAGCCCCAACACCACCCUUCCAGGAUCAGAAUCAACCCCAAAUCUUCCAGAGACGUACGCCUUUUACUGCGGUCGAAAGUCUCUCCAAGGAACCAGCUGCGUAUCGCUGCCCUGCUCGCCCAUGCCGUCACCCACUUUCCCGGCAACACAUAACAAUUUGAGUCCUACCUCACGACCUCGUCAUAGGGAGUACAACAUCCAUCCACUGUUCCGCUCGACGAGCCCCGGCCCCAGUCCCACCCCGCUCCCUGGUAGUAUCGUGAAAGCAUCUCCUUCCGCUGGUCGUACUAUCACUCAGAAGACUCUGAUGCGAAUGCGAUCUGCCCGAGAGCUGCGUGCCUCGCGACGAGAUGAGGAGUGGCACCAGAGCGCUGAUUCCGUGUCCUUACCGGAUCCUGGCACCUGGAUGGCAAUGGGUCGCGCAGGGUAUGUCAGGAACAGUGUAACCCGAUAUGAGAAGAAGGGCGACCUGGCAGAAUUGACCGAGGAAAAUCGAAUUUGA